AUGGUAAUAUUUUUAAAAAAAAAGAUAUAUAACAUAAUAUCUAGGCUUGUAUCACAACAACUACCAAUAUUGGUUUUCUCAUUAUUCUCACUCUCUAAUGCCGCAUUAUUAACUUCAAAUAUCAAGGGUAUUACUGUUGGCGGUUGGUUGGUUACAGAACCAUACAUUACACCAUCUUUAUAUAAAAAUGCAAUGAAUUUAUCUUCUUCAUCUGAUUUAAUAGUCGAUGAGUACCAUAUUGGUUAUUAUUUGUCAUAUUCUCAGGCAAGCUCCUUGCUAAAAACUCAUUUAGAUACUUGGAUAACUGAAGCCGAUUUUCAAAAAAUUGCACAGGAUGGAUUUAAUUUGGUUAGAAUACCAAUAGGAUACUGGGCAUGGAAAGAUAACAAUAGUGCCGACUCAACAACCUCGACUUAUUUGAAAGGAAAGUAUACCUACAAGGAUUAUUUUAUAAAUGUGGGGCAAUUACAAUACUUGGAGAAUGCUCUUAUCUGGUGUGAAAAGUAUGGGUUAAAAGCAUGGAUCGAUUUACACGGUGUCCCUGGCUCUCAAAAUGGGUUUGACAAUAGUGGACAAAGAAUAUUAAAUGGUCCAUUGGGCUGGUUGUCAACCGAUGUCACUAACACUUUAACUACUGAUAUAUUGACUGAUAUUUUCCAAACAUUCUUAAAUGGCAAUAAGACUUACCAAGAUGUUGUUGCUGGGAUUGAAAUUGUCAAUGAACCAUUACAUGGGCCGAUCCCAAUAAAUGACGUUAUUCAAUUUUAUUAUAAAAGUUUAGCUAAUUUUCAACAAUAUUAUCAGGAGACCUCAAACACAACACUUAUAAUCCAUGAUGCCUUUGAAGGACUAGGAUUUUGGAAUGAACACUUUAAUGUACUGUAUAAGAAUGUUUCUAGCCAAUACACUAAUGACACCAGCGUCAUAUCUUCAUCUAAGUUAUUAAACGAUCGUACGAUAAUAAUUGAUCAUCAUCACUAUGAAGUUUUUACUGACGGCCAACUAAUUAAUUCACCAUAUCAAAGAAUUAGGGAUAUUAUUUCGUAUGGUGACAGCUUGCAGAUGGAACAGGGUUACCAUCCCUCUGUAGUUGGCGAAUGGUCUGGUGCGAUUACAGAUUGCGCUACAUGGUUAAAUGGGGUGGGUAUUGGUUCAAGAUACGAUGGCUCUUACUAUGGUUCGGCAACUAAUUUUACUACAACUUCAACUGGUAUCCCUGUGGGGAAAUGUCAAAGUCAAUUGUCGGUUGAAAAUUGGUCCUCUUCGUAUAAGACAAGUGUUAGGCAAUUUAUUGAAACUCAGUUAGUUCAGUUUGGAAAUAAGUCAGCCGGUUGGAUAUUCUGGAACUGGAAAACCGAGAAUGCAGUUGAAUGGGAUUAUUUAAAAUUAAAAGAGGCCAAAUUAUUCCCCCAUCCCUUUGAUGAUUAUAAAUAUUACAAUAAAAAAGAUGGUAGCAUGAAGAGUUCAUUCCAGUCACAAAUUGCAUUGGCUACGAGCACAGAUGACACCUACUCUAACAAAGCAGUCAAACUUAUAUCGAAUAAUGGUAUGAAUUUAAAUUCAAUUAUGAAAAUCUUAUUAUUUUUAAAUAUACCGUUGGCAAUAACCUUUUUGAUUUUAUAUUUUUAG